AUGUUUCCUCUAACCACCUUUCGGCGGGUAGCUAUCCUCCUCGCUCUCACUUGGCUCUGUUUCUCAUUCCCAGGCGGCACAGAAGAAUGCUUCUUCGACCCCUACCGCCCCGAAUACGCUGAACCGCCAUCUGGUAUGCGGUCCAAUAUCUUCAGCAACCCCGUCGCCGCCUACGUCGUCGCCUACCCAUCCAUCGGCGGCGUGGUCAUGGCGAAUCCGGGUCCCAUUGAGAUGCAGCGCCUCAACCUCCCACGAACUCACGACGCCUCUCGCUCCGGCAACGAGGACGACAUGCCUGUCCGUCUCCUGCAACUCGGGGCCCGCUGGUGGCCCGACUGGGGCACGUACGCGCGGCACAAGACGGCCAUGGACGACGACGUCGAGUAUCGCCACCACUUUCCGCCAAGACUGGAGGUUGCGUGUUGA